AUGUCGAAUCUUUUAGUUAUUUAUUUUAUUAAUAAUGAAUCAAAGUAUUCAUUAAAAAUUAUUCAAACACUUGAAACAUCUCAUUUACUUGAUUAUUGUAGCAAACAAAAUGAUAUUGAAACGCAAUACUAUGUAUUGGCUUUAAUUAAUAUCAUUAUGAUAAUGGCUAUGUCAAAUACAAUUGUGUCAAUACGUCUUCGUGAACUUGUACAAUCGAUUGUUACUAGUCAUCUAACUCGUUCUUCACUUGUCCAACAAUUGUGUCUUUUACAAAGAUUUUAUUUGAAUGAAUUAUAUACAGAUUCAAUGAAUACAUCACCAGAUCAAUCUCAUAUAAAAUAUCGUGAUAUGAUUUCGAAACUACGACGAAAUGCAUUUGAUACAGAUUUAUUAUUAUCUGAUCAAAGUUGUCAAGAUUUAAGUUUUCGAGUAUCAUCAGUAAAUACAAAUGAAAUUAUUCCAAUAUCAAUAAUAAAUCCUCGUCGAGUUGAAGAGAUUACAACUUUCAGUUUACAGUUUGCUCUUGAAAAUUCAUGUAAAACACUUCAACAACAAUGUCCAUUACUUAAAUCAUCUAUUGAAGUAACACGAAUACUUUGUAUACUAUUUCAUAUUGGUGUUGAAGCAAAUAGAUAUAAAAUACAUAAAGAUUAUUUUCUACUUUUCUAUACAAGUUCAUCAUUUUUUGAAAGAGCAUUUGUUCGUUGUAUACUUUUAUUUAAUAAAACAUGGAAAGAAAUGCGUACUUAUGAUGUCCAUUUUCCAGUUAGUUCAGUUGUACAUCAACAAAUUUGUCAAUCACUUGAUGAUAUUUGUUUAAUAAAUAAAACGAUUUCAUCUUCAUUGAAUCAAUUAUCAUUGUUACUAAUAACUAAAUCUCUAAUGAAUACAUCAUUAGCACCAAUUAUUUUAAAACGAUUUACAUUUGAUUAUUUUUCUGAAAGAUUAAAUACAAAUAAUUAUAAAGAUAUAUGUUGA